AUGGGAACCCACGCCGUUGGUCCAAGUCUCGAGUCCAAGUCUUCUGUGCUUUCUUCUUCGCUGUGCAGUCAAGCCUGCUUUUUACGGCUUGGCCCUCUCCGCCACGAAACCUAUCAUAGAAGUCAGAAGACUGAGCAGUUUACUGUCCGAGUCUUCGCAUCCAACCCCAAGUUUCGCAUUUCUCUCCGUUUAUUAUUAUUUUCUUUUUACGGCUCUUUCGUCACUGUUUUUUUUGGUUCGAAACCACGCGUGAUUGACAACGGGAAUCUUCUGCUCCUGUAUUCUUGGGGUCUUUCUUUAAUGAAGAGUUUGAAGGAGGGGAAUAUAAACACGAAGGGAAGGGAAGGAAAGGAGGAGGUUUUGAGAGGGUGGGAAUGGAGAUCAGACCAGAAGAGCACCAUGCUCGAGCUCGCCAAGGGUAUCCCAUCCUCGAAGUGGAACACUAGCAAUAGCAAUCCGUGCGAAUGGAAAGGAGUAAGCUGUUCUUCUUCCCGCGUCACCGGACUUGUUUUAUCCGGUUUCGGCCUCUCCACCUCCUUUUCUCCUAGAUUCUUCGAACUCCUCUGCGACCUGAGCUCAUUACAAUCCCUCGACCUUUCCUCUAACUCCUUUAGCAUAAUCCCGACCUCCUUCUUUUCCUGCAAAGGGCUUUCUCGAUUGAAGUAUCUCAACCUCAGCUGUAAUGGAUUAACCGGCCGGUUAAGUAAUUUCUCGGAGUUUUCUGCUUUGGAAACUCUGGAUUUAUCUUUCAAUAACUUGAAGGGUGUCGUUGGUUUGAACUUGAACGGGCUUGCGCAGCUGAAAAGUUUAAACCUGAGUUCCAAUUUAUUCAAUGACAACAUUCCAGCUCUGAAAGCCAUGAAAACUGUUACCUUUGAGAACCUCACUUUCUUGGACUUCAGCCAAAAUUCCCUCACUGGGUCAAUUCCAGGUGAUAUUGGAAACCUCUUAAAGCUGCAAAAGCUCCUGCUUUCUUCCAAUGAACUUGAGGGUUCACUGCCGGUUAGUUUGUCCAAGAUUAAGGUGCUUUCCCGAUUUGCUGCCAAUCAGAACAAGUUCAAUGGCGCAAUUCCUCCUGGAAUCACUUCCUACGUGCAGAUUUUUGAUCUCAGCUACAAUAAUCUCAAUGGAACGAUUCCUCCUGAUCUCCUCGCACCUGCUUCCCUGCAGAUUGUUGAUCUCUCUGCUAAUGUUCUUCAAGGUCCAAUUCCCAGUAACUUUUCAAAGAACCUGUAUCGUUUAAGGCUUGGCAAGAAUUUACUCAAUGGAAGCAUCCCUUCAGAACUUGGGCAGCUCUUGAAUUUGACCUAUCUCGAACUUAACGACAACCAAUUGGAGGGACAAAUUCCACAACAAUUAGGCAACUGUAAGAGCUUAGCUUUGUUGAAUCUGGCCAAGAACUUUCUGCAUGGUGGUUUGCCUGUGAGUCUUGGUAGACUUAAUCAGCUAGUGAUCGUACAACUUAAACAAAACAUACUCACUGGGAAGAUUCCUGCAGAGUUUUCCAAUCUUGCAAACUUGAGUACUCUUGAUCUGAGUCAGAAUUCUCUAACUGGUGCCAUUCCUCCUGCAAUCUCCAGCUUGAGCAAGCUUCAAGUCUUGAAUCUGGAAAAUAACAAUCUUAAUGGUUCAAUACCAGCUUCUUUAUCAAGUUUGCCAAACAUCAUUGAGCUUCUUCUAGGAAACAACAAGCUCAGCGGAAUUGUCCCGAACAUGCCAACAAGUCUAAGCUUAGCUCUUAAUCUCACUGGUAACAACUUGAAUGGAUCUAUACCUUCUCAACUCGGUGAAGCAACCCAGCUUGAGAUUCUUGAUCUCUCAAAUAAUAGCUUUACAGGCUCGGUUCCUAAUUCUUUUAUCGCACUGAAAAGCUUGACAGAAUUGGUGCUAUCGAACAAUCGUUUGCUCUCAGGAUUACUGCCUCCCUUAAACCCAAAGACCAUUGUAAGUUUUGCUGGAACUGGGAUACUUAACAAGUCAGCAUCAGCUCAAGGCAAUGUCCACAGGAAAAGAAAAUCAAGUACUGUUUUGAUUGUGAUUGUUGUUAUUGUUGGGAUUUUUGCUGGAUUCUUGCUCAUAGCUGCUAUUUUUGGACUGAUCAUGUCCAAGAGAAUGUAUCGGGUUGAAGAUGAAGUUCAUCAAUCAGGAGAUAAUGCUCUUCCUCAGAUUUGUAAUGGCCAUUUCAUUACGUCUAAUAGCAAUCAUAAAACAGGCUUAGAUUUUUUCAAAGCCAUGGAGCUUGUUGGUAAUCCGAGCAACACUAUGCUUAAGACCAGGUUUUCUACCUACUACAAGGCAGCCAUGCCUAAUGGAAGAAACUACACUGUAAAGAAACUUAAUUGGAGCGAGAAGAUUUUACAAAUGGGUAGCCAUGAGAAGUUCGAGCAUGAACUUGAGGUUUUAGGGAGGCUGAGCAAUUCAAAUAUUAUGGUUCCAUUGGCCUAUGUAUUGACUGAGGAUAGUGCUUACUUCUUCUAUGAGCAUAUUCACAAAGGGACACUCUUUGAUUUUCUUCAUGUAGGUUCGGAAACUGCUUUGGAUUGGCCAUCGAGAUACAGCAUUGCGCUUGGUGUUGCUCAGGGGCUUACUUUUCUGCAUAGCUGCAAUCAACCUGUUCUCCUUCUCGACCUCUCAACAAAGACUAUCCACUUGAAGUCCAUGAAGGAGCCUCAGAUUGGCGAUAUCGAGCUAUGUAAGGUUAUUGAUCCUUCUAAUAGCACUGGGAACCUCUCCACUGUUGCCGGCUCUGUUGGCUAUAUUCCUCCAGAGUAUGCAUACACAAUGAGGGUUACAAUGGCAGGUAAUGUCUAUAGUUUUGGCGUCAUCCUUCUUGAGUUGCUGACAGGACAGUCACCUGUUAGUGAAGGAAUUGAGCUUGCAAAGUGGGCACUUAGCCACUCAACAUGGCUUGGUGGGAGGGAGAAAAUUCUCGAUUUGAAAGUCUGUAAUGCUUCUCCUGCAGUUUGCAGUCAGAUGCUGUCAGUCUUGAAGAUAGCUCUGAGUUGUGUAAGUUCUUCUCCAGAUGUAAGGCCAAAGAUGCGAAAUGUGCUAAGGAUGUUGUUCAAUGCAAGGUAGUGAAAGAGCAUAAGCUCUGUGUUUCAGGUUGUAUAGUAAUAUCCAAGUUCCUUGACAAACAUUGUUCAUACAACCUCCCUUUUGUUAUAAUUAUUGUAUGUAGCAUUUCUUCUCUUCUUUUUCUUUUUUAUAAUGUUAUCAAGUAGUUCUGGGUUUGAUUAUAAAUUUACAGAAAAAAAAACCACAGAUUCAAGUUGUGUAAUUUUAUUUUCUGUGUGGGAUGGGUUGCCAUUGACAUGCUCGCUUGACUGUUUGCAGUUCUGUAAAUGUGCUGCCAGAAUACUUAGAAAGAUGUAAUUUUGGGAUUGAAGAAAAAAAUAAAUAAAGAAAAGUAGAGUGUUUCUGUUUA